AUUUGAAAAUUUAUAUAAAUGAUGCGUUUACAGCAACAACAUUUUACACCAGUUACCAAACAACAGCAAUCGAUUCAAUCAUCUCCAUACGUCGUUAAUUCAUCAUCAUCAACAACAACAUUGUUAAAAAAGAACAAUAACGGUGAAUUAGAUUCAAGUUGUAGUACGAAUGGAAGUUCAAAAUCAACAAGUUCAAUAUCGGCUGUAAUACAGCCUGAUUCUUCAUCAUCGCCAUCAACAGCGUUUUUAUUGACCAAAAGUGACCAAAGUUCAUUCAGAAAAUUUCCAUUAAAUUCUGCUAAUCAGCAACAAGAAAAAGAAAAAUUUUCAAUGCAUCCAAUCAAUUCACAAGCAAUAUCAACAUUGCAACGUUUUCAACAACAACAACAACUAAUGGGUACGCCUACUAAUAGUUCAAAUAAUCGUCGUACAACAAUGUAUCGAUUAAGUUCAUUUAAUGAACAAUCAUCAUCAUCACCACCAGGAUUAUCAUCUGCAACAAAUAAUAAUGUAGGAGGCGAUUUGACAAAUGAACCAUUACCAUUAAUGACACCAACAUAUGAAUCGAUUGAUGUUAAUAAUUUAAUCGAUAAUAAUACAAAUACAACUAAUCAAACUGCCGCUAAUUCAAGUCAAGGAACAAGUGAUGGUGGACAUUGUGAAGAAUCAACAACAACAGCAACAACAACAACAAAUGGUUGUAUGUCGGAUAAUCCUACGGUUACUAUUCCGGAUAAUCAUCGUUUAUUUGCUGGAUCUUCUAGUCAUCAUCAUCAUUAUAAUCGAAAUACAAGUUCAAUAAUGCCAAUGAGUGGUAUAAUGACACCAUUUACAUUUGGACAUCAUCAUAAUCAUAAUCAUCAUCAACAACUUCUUCAUAAUCAUUAUCCAUUUACAUCAAAUAUAGGUGGUUAUUUAACACGUUCAUCACAUUAUUAUUAUCAUAAUCCGGAUUAUUAUCAUCAUCAAUAUGGAUUACACAAUGUACCAAUGUCAUCAUCAUCAUCAUCACCACCAUUAUUAUAUGUUGGACAUAGUGGUGGUGAUUGUGAUGAUAUUGAUGAUACACGAAAUAGCUUAUCAUUCCAUCCAUCAUCAACAGUAACAGUAUCACCAUUCAACAACAACAAUAACCACAUCAAAGAUGAACAAGAUUUUGAUAUAUUCAAUGCUAUAUUUGCCUUAAUAUCAUUAAUGUUAUAUUGUUGUUGUUCAGGUUCAACAUUAAUAUUAGCAUAUUUUCUUUGGCGUCAUGAACAAGAUUGGUUAUUAUUUUUAUUAACUAUUUUUGCUACAUUAAUACCAUCAAUUAUUGUUAAUAUUAUUUCAUUAAAAUGGUUAUUGAAUGACAAUCAUCGACAACAAUAUGAACAACAACAACAAAAUAACAACAACAUUUCAAAUGGUGGAACAUCAACAACAACAAAUGAAACAACAACAACAACAUUUUUUUUACGACGUCCAAAUAUUGGACCAUGUGGUUGGAUGUUUCGUAUAUUAUUACACAUUAUACUAUUGGGACCAGUUUUAAGAUAUGUUGAGCUAUUACGAUAUGGUGUAAAAAGUUGGUCGGAUAAACGUCGUCGUGUUGAUUAUCAUAAUAAUGGUGGCCAAAAAGAUGGUGGUGGUGGUUGGUCAUCAACAACGACAGCAUUACCAUCAUUAUCAACCACAUUGCCUAGACCUCGUUUUCAAUCAUCAAUUGGUCCGGGUAGUUUACCCGAUUUUGAACCAGCCGUUAAUAAAUCAAAUACACAGGAAAAAUCAUCAUUUAAUCGUAUCGAUUAUUAUCUAUUAACUGUUGCUGAAGAUCGUGACACUUCAUUAUUAAGUCUGUUUCAAUGUUUAAUGCAAUGUACAAUACAAAUGAUAUUACAUUUACAUUCACUUAUUUCACAUUGGUAUUUUGAACAUCAUCAUCAUCUAAAUAAUUAUAAUCAUAAUUAUACAGAAUAUGUUCAGAUAACCGUGAUAUUAUUGGCACUGUUUGAAACUUCUUGGUCGAUCAGUUCCUAUCAUCGAGCCUUACGACGAGCUUCAUAUGAUAAACGUAAUCUAUCCGCAUUUGGUACAAUCAUACAAUCAUGUUGGCAUUGUUUAACAUUAGCAUCAAGAUUAUUAGCAAUUUCAUUGUUUCUACAUCAAUUUGGUUAUUGGUUAUUACCAAUAGGUAUUGGUCAUUGGGGUAUAAUGACCAUAUGGAUAAUGCAUCAAGGAACACAUUUUUUUGAUACUGAACUUGGUCGACCAAAUCCUUGUCAAGAAUAUAUGUUCAAUAUGCUUAUAGGAUUAAUUUAUCUAUUUGUAUUUAUUAAUCUUAAAGAUGAGCCAACACGUUUUAAAUAUCUAGCAUUUUAUACAAUAAUAAUGGCCGAAGAUAUUACAUUUGCUUCAUUAUGGUUUUUACGUAUUGAAACAGAUUAUUUUUGGUCAUUACAUUCAAUAUUGUUUGCUGCUGUACCAAUAUUAUUUAUUGCAAGUAUUUUAGUAAUGCAAUUUUAUUAUUGGUUUGUACAUCCAAAUGGACGUCCAUUGAUAAUCAAUAAAGCAGCUCGUUGUUGUUGACACCAUGAUCACGGUCAUUUUUGUUAUAAAUCACAUUCACAUUGAUAUAUUAGAUAUAUGAA